AUGCCAGCACCUGCACACAGAAACUCAUCCGGUGGUCUGUUGAAAGCAAUUGUCACAGCUGUCGGUAGUCGUCAGUGUCUCUUUGAUGCACCUUUGACGGACAAUCAGACAUUCCCAGAAGAUUUCCAGAAGCAUUCCCAGAAGACAUUCCCAGAAGACAUCCCAGAAGACAUUCCAGAAGAUUCCCAGAGACAUUCCCAGAAGACAUUCAAGACAUUCGAAAGACAUUCCCAGAAGACAUUCCGAAGACAUUCCCAGAAGAUUUUCCGAGACAUAGAAGACAUUCCAGAAGACAUUCCAGAAGACAUUCAAGAAGACAUUCCAGAAGACAUUCAGAAGACAUUCCCAGAAGACAAUUCCCAGAAGACAUUCCCCAGAAGAGACAUUCCCAGAAGACAUUCCCAGAGAAGACAUUCCCCCAGAAGAACAUUCCCAGAAGACAUUCCCAGAAGAAUUCAAGACAUUCCCAGAAGACAUUCCCGAGAAGACAUUCCCCCAGAAGACAUUCCCAUGAGAAGACAUUCCCAGAAGACAUUCCCAGAAGACAUUCCAGAAAGACCCAGAGACAUUCCCAGAAGACAGAAGACAUUUCCCAGAAGGACAUUCCCAGAGACAUUCCCAGAAGACAUUCCAGACAAAGACAUUCCCAGAAGACAUUCCCUAAAGACAUGGCGAGCAGGCGACACCAAUCAGGAAGAAGCGAACUGA